AUGGCCUUCACUUGCCAGACUUGUGCAAAACGCAAGGUCAAAUGCGACAAGGCGAAUCCCAUAUGUUCCAGCUGUCGCAGGGGCAAGCUCGAGUGUUCGUAUCAGCCGCCCCCUCCACGAUGGCGAAAGAGGAAAUUGGACGACGACGUCGACGUGCUCGCCAGGCUCGCUCGAUAUGAAGUCAUUUUGCAAAAGCACGGCUUAUUGGAAGCUGCCGAUGAUGCCCAGUCCAUGGUCGUCGCCAAAGGGGAACCGCUGCAGGAGCCGAUAUCUCUCCAUUGGAACGAGCCUGCAGCCUCGGGAACAGGCAAGCUUUUGGCCGGCCAAGGGACGACGAGAUACAUCGACAGCAGUCUCUGGCGAAACCUAGGAGAUGAUCAAACGCACCCCCUGUCCGAUGACGACGGCAACGGCAGUGACAAUUUUGAAGAGAGACAGCUUGCAGCUUCUGGAAUUUCUGGUGGUCCGGGUUACGCGUCUGACCCCUUGACGGAAGCGUUCGUGGGAUCCCAGCAGCUAGAGAACCUUGUCCGCUAUCACCCGACACACGCCCUAGCAAUAGCAUUGUGGGAGACGUACGUCGAGAACGUGGAGCCCAUUUGCAAAGUGCUACACAUUCCGUCGACCUUUGAGAUGAUCAAAACGGCUUCGCAGCAUCCAGAAACCGUGUCCAAGUCCAACGAGUGCCUGAUAUUUGCGGUAUAUCACUUCGCCGUCUUCUCCAUGACGGACGAAGACUGUUUAAAGAAAUCGGGGCAAUCGCGUGCCGUAUUGCUUCAGCGAUAUCAGUUAGUGACAAGCCAAGCUCUAGUAAAGGCGUCAUUUCUCAGGACAACCGACAUGUCGGUCCUGCAAGCUCUUGUCCUCUUCCUCAUCCCCUGCCGACAGUUCUAUGAUUCCCACACCUAUUGGAUUUUGACAGGGGUUGCCGUCCGCAUUGGACAGCGUCUUGGGCUUCACCGUGACGGAGAGAAGCUGGGCUUGCCGCCGUUUGACGUGCAGAUGAGACGGCGCCUGUUUUUCCAACUUCUUCCACUUGAUGGCAACGCCAGUCAAGUAUCAGGCGCAGGAUUUUCUGUCCUGCCCGACUCGUGGGACACCAAACAGCCUCUCAACAUAGAUGACGACCAGAUCUGGCCGGGAAUGACUGAAACGCCAGAAGAGAAGAAGGGCGCAACUGAUAUGAUCUUUUGCCUAUCGCGCUCCACCAUCGGAAGAAUUUUCGCCAAGGCGGGAAAGCCAGCGUCCAACGGGUCUGGCUCUGCCAAGUUCAAACACUAUAAUGAAGCUGAGCUCACUAUCCGUGAGGCCGAAAAGGAGAUGGAAGAGAAAUACAUCCGCUACUGUGAUGUUGUCAACCCGCUGCACUUUCUUGUCAUGGGCCUCGCCCGGUCAGGGAUCACGGCCAUGCGAUUGCGGAUUCGGCUACCAAGAGUCAGGAACCAGACGGCGACCGACGCUGAGAUGAGGGAACUGCUGCAACUUGCGCAGAAGAUAUUGGAUACCGAUGCCGCAGCCUAUUCACAUGCCGGCCUAAUACGCAAAUUCCGAUGGCAUAUCAAGCCUUUCUUCUUGUGGGGCAUGUGGGACUCGCUGAUUUUGAUUCUCACCACCCUGGCGAAUAGAUGCGAUCUGCUCUCGCCUGCAGAAAACGACGCGGCCUGGAAUAGGAUUGAGCAGCUCUAUCAGAACCACGAUGAACUUUUAGACCCAAAGCGAGCACUUCAUGUGGCGUUUGGACGGUUGGCGCUGAAGGCCUUUGAUGUCCGAUCAAGCACAGACGUGCCUGAGCCAGGAUUUAUCGCGACUUUGCGCUCCCUGCCGAAGAUAAUCUCACAGAACCGGAGGAAAGGAGAAAUGGGCCGUGACAAUGACGCAAAUCAGAUGGAUCCGAAAGGGGAUGCAUUGCUAUCCGGCGAUUUGUUGGUACCCAGCAACGCGAUUUUGAGCGACCUCCUUCCAGAAGAUUUCGGCAUUGGAACGGGCAACGAUUUUGAUCUCGAUGCUGAGAACUGGAUUUCCUGGGAUCAGUUAAUCCAAGACCAUCAAGCACAAGGGAGUUGA